CUCCUCGACGCGGUCCUUGUUCUCGACGCGACGGGCUGAAGUCAUCGCUUGUUCUCUACCACGAUGUCGAACACAAUAGCUUUGUACCCGCUGUCCAACUUCACCUUCAGCACGAAAGAGGCGCAGCCCGAAGAGGAUCCGUCCGUCUCCGCACGUCUGCAGCGGCUGCAGAACAACUAUGAAGACUUUGGCAUGCGCAGGACAGUCGAGGGGGUCCUUGUCGUCCACGAUCACGGUCAUCCCCAUAUCCUGAUGCUCCAGAUCGCAAAUGCGUUCUUCAAGCUCCCCGGAGACUACCUGAAACCCGGGGAGGAUGAAGUCGACGGGCUCAAGCGGCGCCUGGAUGAGCGCCUCGCUCCACCGAACGCCUCAAGUCAGUUCAAUCAGGCGCAUGGCGCGGAGAAUGAUUGGGAGAUCGGGGACUGCCUCGCGCAGUGGUGGAGGCCCAAUUUCGAGACCUUCAUGUACCCCUUCGUCCCCGCACACAUCACCAAACCUAAAGAGUGCAAGAAACUGUUCCUGGUCCAGAUGCCCGAGAAGAAGGUCCUCGCCGUCCCAAAGAAUAUGAAGCUACUCGCCAUUCCCCUGUUCGAGCUUUACGACAAUGCUGCCAGAUACGGUCCGCAAUUGUCUGCUAUCCCGCACUUGCUGUCUAGGUACAACUUCAUCUACCAAUGAGGUGGGUAUGACCGGACAAUCCCAUGCGUCGUUUUCGAUCCCAUACGUCAAAUAUUGCUCUCUCGCUCACCAAUGACCAAGGACAAGGAUUUCCUGCACCUGUAUUAGAAAGAUGUUUUUGUUGUGCGUUGCCGAUAUCCUCGCUGUAUCUUCUUAUACUGCCAUACUCCUUCAUGAACUUGAGCAAAUUGUGCGAACGUUCAGCAACACCCCGAACUCCCGUAUUACAUUUUCAGAACUAGCAGCCCUGUAAGUCCGUCGUGCAUCAUGAAGUUAUGACCAUCGGUCGAUUGUUACUCC